AUGAAGAGAGCUUCACCCUCUCCUUCCUCACUGCUCUUCCAUCUUCUGAUAACACCACUCUUCCUCUGCGAAGCUAACACAGUGUCAAUGCCUCCUUCUGAGUCAGAGACUCUCUUCACAAUCAUGGAGUCAAUGUCAUCAGAUCAACAAUGGCGUCACUCCCACCCAAACCCUUGCUCACCAGGCUCAUCUUGGCCAGGCAUUGAAUGCAAAACCGGUCCAGACCACUUACCUCACGUCUCACGACUCGAUUUCGGCUCUGCUCCAAACCCAUCUUGUAAACCCUCAGCUUCAUUCCCUUACUUGAUCUUCACUCUCCCUUUCCUCCAAUCAAUCUUCUUCUUCAACUGCUUCACUCACUUCCCAACCACAAUCACCUUCCCUAUCAUCAUCACAAACUCCUCUCUUCAACAGCUCAGCCUCAGAUCAAACCCUUCUCUCUCAGGCCUCAUCCCUCCUCGCAUUUCAUCUCUCAAGUCUUUACAGAUCCUCACCCUCUCGCAAAACAAACUAACCGGACCCAUCCCUCAAGCUAUCUUCUCGUUAAAAACCCUCGUACACCUCGAUCUCAGCUACAACAAGCUCACAGGGACAAUCCCUAACCAACUAGGAAACCUCAACAACCUCGUGGGACUAGACUUAAGCUACAACAAGCUCACAGGCACAAUCCCUAACACAAUCUCGCAACUGGGUUUGCUUCAAAAACUCGACUUGAGCUCAAACUCUCUCUUCGGACCCAUCCCACAAGGAGUAGAAAAGCUCCGAUCUCUAUCAUUCAUUGCCUUAAGCAACAACAGACUCAGAGGAUCUUUCCCAAAAGGAAUCUCGAAUCUUGAGAGCUUACAGUACUUCAUAAUGGAUAACAAUCCAAUGUACGUACCCCUCCCCGUUGAGCUAGGGUUCCUCCCUAAGCUCCAAGAGAUCCAGCUCGAGAACUCAGGAUACUCCGGCGUGAUCCCGGAGAGUUACACAAGGCUGAUGAAUCUCAGCUCCUUGUCUCUCGCUAACAACAAGUUAACGGGAGAGAUCCCUUCAGGGUUUGAUUCUUUACCUCACGUUUUUCAUCUGAAUCUGAGUAGGAACUCGUUGAUCGGUGUGGUUCCGUUUGAUUCGAGUUUUUUGAGACGGUUGGGUAAGAAUUUGGAUUUGAGCGGGAACAGAGGGUUGUGUCUGAAUCCAGAGGAUGAGUUCAGUGUUGUUAAGACAGGUGUUGAUGUGUGCGGGAAGAAUGUUAGUAGCGGUGGUGGUGUGUUGAUUCAUCCAACGAAGAAGAAAUCUCAAGGCUAUAGUUCUCGGUGUUGUUACGGAUCUUCUUGCUUUUGGUCUAAUGCUCUGUUUCAGGUGGCUCUGUUUCUGUGUUUACGUCAUCAUCGGUAAUAAAAGAAAAAAAAAACAGAAUUAAGACAAUUAAAAUAUUAGUUCCUGAAAAAGAGAGGAGAUUUGUGUUUGGUCCCGAAGUAGACGUUGGUUUCAAGGGUUUAGUGUUUUUUUAGUGGUCGUAGUUAAAUGUUGUUUUUAGUUUAAUAGUAUUAAUAUUUUCAGAUUAUAUUAAUAAAAAGUUCCAGUCAUUUAGGUGUAUAUAUAUAUAUAUAUGGAACCUGA